CAAGCACGCAUCCAUUCCACCACUGUCCCAGCCCGCUAGGGGUUUACCACCAUGGCCGCCGCCGCCGCCGCCGCCGCCCGGAGGCUCCUCUCCCGCCCCUCCCUCUCCGCGCUCCUCCGCCGGGUGCCGGCAGCGGCCGUCCCGGAGCAGUCGCUGCUGCGCCCGGCCGUCGUCGCGGCGGCCUCCCGCCUCGGUUUCCCGCGCGGGAUGGCGCGGCGGCCGGGCGGGGACGGGUACUCCCCGGCGCGGCCCGGCGGCGGGGGCGGGGACCGCGCGCCCACGGAGAUGGCGCCGCUGUUCCCGGGCUGCGACUACGAGCACUGGCUCAUCGUGAUGGACAAGCCCGGAGGGGAGGGCGCCAACAAGCAGCAGAUGAUCGACUGCUACGUCCAGACCCUCGCCAAGGUCCUCGGGAGCGAGGAGGAGGCGAAGAGGAAGAUCUACAACGUCUCGUGCGAGCGCUACUUCGGGUUCGGCUGCGAGAUCGAUGAGGAGACGUCCAACAAGCUCGAGGGGCUCCCUGGAGUUCUCUUCGUGCUCCCGGAUUCGUAUGUUGAUCCUGAGUACAAGGACUAUGGAGCUGAGCUCUUUGUUAACGGGGAGAUUGUUCAGAGGCCCCCGGAGAGGCAGAGGAGGGUAGAACCAGUACCACAGAGAGCAGCAGAUAGGCCUAGGUACAAUGACAGGACCCGCUAUGCCCGGAGGAGGGAGAACCAGCGAUAAACUGAUUGAAGACCAGAAUAACAAGCCAGGGGUGGUUUCGCUCUCAAUUUGAAGGAUAAUACCACAUCUACCUAAUGGAAAAUCUUCCAGUUGCAUGUUCACUUCAUUAUGCAGUCUAGAGUGUUUUGUUUCUGGCAGCUCAACUUGGAUGUAUUGUGCUCUGUAAUUACUGUAACUUGAGAUUGAAAGUACCUGGCUUGGGAAUGCAACACUAGCAGCCUAGCACACACUUUUACAGCCAUUCGCACCUGUAAA